AUGCGCGCGUGGAAUAGAACAGUUCAGUUCUGGCUUGCCAAUUUUGUAUAUAGACGAAGCGAUAGAUCAAUUAGAAUGUUCUACACUAUGUUAGUUAGUUCCUUUUGGCACGGAAUCCAUCCUGGAUAUUUUCUCUCAUUCUUAACCAUUCCUCUUUGUACAGCCGCAGAAGAUAAAUUAUUCAAUACAUUUACUAUAGAGAAUAGAACUAAAUUAUUACAAAUUUCGUGGAGUUUUAUCCGGACGCGCGGAUUUGAAUUUAUGGCUGCUGGCUUCCUACUUCUUGAUGGUUGGGAUACUUUAAGACUUUGGGGAAGAAUGUACUUUUGGUUGCAUUUUGCUAUGUUGUUCGUAAUUGUGGCAACUUAUUUACUAAAAAGUGAGCCAAAUACAAAGCAAAAAGAUCAACGAACAAAAUUCCCGUCUAACGAUGAACAAAAAAUGAACUGA